AUGAAAUUUAAAGCAAGUCGUGGGUGGCUAGAAAAGUUUAAAUUACGAAAUGGUAUCAAGUUAAGAAAAUUUCACGGAGACAGUGGAUCAGUAAAUCAUGAUGAAAAAUCUAUUACUGAUUUUAAUGAAACAAUGAGUUUAAAAAUUGAACAAUAUGGAUUGGACAAUGUUUAUAAUGCAGAUGAAACUGGUGUUUUUUACAAGGCGAUUCCUUCCAAAAGUGUGUGCACUAAAUCACGGCCUGGAAUAAAGUUGUCGAAGGAUCGAUUUUCGUUACUAUUAUGUGCAAAUUGUUCUGGUUCCGAUAAAAGAAGGCCUGUAAUGAUAGGAAGAUUCAAAAGUCCAAGGUGUUUUAAAAAUUUCAACAUUGGAAAAUAUGUUACCUACACCCAUUCCAAUAAGGCAUGGAUGAACCGUGAAAUUUUUAACAAGUGGCUCAGUGAUUUUGAUUGUGAACUUGCGAAGAAAAAAAGAAAAAUUCUACUUGUAAUAGAUCAAUGUCCAUCUCAUCAAAUUAUUGUCACGUUAAACUCAAUUGAAAUUCUUUUUUUGCCUUCUAGAACAUCUUCGCUCUUACAACCAAUGGAUCAAGGAAUUAUAAAAUGCUUUAAAGCCGAAUUUACCAAUUUGAAAAUAAAUGAUAUAAUCGAAAAGGUUGAGGCAGGGGAAAAUUGUCAGAAUGCAAUUAAUGGAAUCACCCUUAAAACUGCUGCGAUAUUAACAUUCUUCGCUUGGAAUAAAGUUACUCCUACGACCAUCAAAAAUUGUUUCCGUCAUGCACAAUGGAUAAAAUGUGAAACAAUCACAAUCAACAGUGAAUCUAAGAACUAA